AUGAGUGCACCGCGCCCUCUCCGCGACCGCAUCCAAUCGACGUCCCCGGAGCCGGACGGCGCGCGCCCAACCACACCCCUCCGGAUCUCCAAGUCGCCCCGACUGGGGCUAUCACCGCGCCAGCCAUCGACGCGCUCCCAGCUACCCGUCGCGCGCAGGUCCUCGAACAGCUUCAAACAUGUCCGCGAAGGAAACCUCGUCACCAAAUCACCCUUCCGGAGCCUCUUGUCCGGCCCGGCUGCAUCUCCGGCCGCGUCAUCAUCGACACCAACGCGAAAGGUCAGCGGCGAGAAGCGUCCGCGGCCAAACUCGAUGAACGCGCAGGCGGAGUCGGACAAACCGCUUGGGUUCAAGCGCAGGCAGUCGAAGGCCUUUCAAGGCCUCAUCCAGAAGGAGCUUGUCACCAACAGCACAUUCCGUCGGCCCAACGACCGCCCCUCGUCUUCGUCCGACGAUCCUCCUGCCGUGCCACCCAAGCUCACCCCCAGGCGUGCCACCCUGUCCAACAUCCCCGUGCCCUCCCCGAUCCGCAGUGCGCUCUCGAAUCCGCGCAAGAUGCACGGGCCACGCACCGCCGGGGAGCGCGCACAGCAGAAGCUGAGCAAGACCGUCACGUUCGACGAAAACUGCGACGUUCUGGAGUUCUCGGACAACGAGGACGUGGAGGACCUGUUCUUCGACGAGGACGAUUCCGGCUAUGGCUACGGUUAUAGCUACGAGCACGACCCGGACCAAGAUCAAGCGAUGGAGGCCGCCGACGGGAGCUUCCGGCUCAACGAGGACAGCAUCACGGGCAUGGUGAAUUCUAUGCUUCAGGCGGCGGGCGCGCAGACUCCCCCACACCAAGAAGAUGAGGAGGACACCGAACUCUUGCCACCCUCUCCGUCACCCGCGAAGAUCGCUGCGCCUCUGCCUCAACGCCCGCAAGCCCCGAUCCAGGACGAAGAACCACCGUUCGAGGAGUCGUUCCGCUCCGUACGUUCCGCCGAUUCCCUCGACCCCGCGAACCUUUCAAUCGGUCACUCCGAGGUCUCGCUCACGACCCUCGAGACUUCCCUUCUCGCCGACACUCGCUUUGACGGCGAUGUGCUCACUGGCGCAUCGUUUGCUCCCCUCGCCAAUUCAUCACCUCGACCCCGCUCACGAUCACGAUCUGGCACGCCGGCCGAUCAUUCCUUCGACCGCUCUAUUGACAGAUCGUUUGAGGCGCGCUCGACCCCCGCCAUCAACCCGUCGCGACUGAACUCACCUCGCUCAGGCUCGGGUUCACCAUUCCAGCGCCAGCUCUUCAAGCCCCCCAGCACCUCCAGCCUGGGCAGCCUGAUCAACCGACGCGCAAGCCCGCACGUGUCUAUCACACGUGAGGUGAUCCAAGAGCGCCUGCUCCGUCGCAAGAGCGAGGAGGUCCUUGUCGCGAGUCAGUCCGCAAGCCCCAUCUCAAGCGCACCCAGUUCGGUUUCCCCUGAAGACGAUGUGGACGUUGAUAUGUCUCACGACACAGAGCCGGACGACGCUGCCGAUGCCGCCGACGCGAAGUACAGCAACCCACUAACGCACGCCAACACUUAUGACGGCGUGCUCUCACUCGACCCGGAGCCCCAGCCGACCGAUCCUCCUCGACCAUCGCUUCCAGAGCGCGCGUCGACUAUGAGAACACUGGACAUGGACACGAAACGCGCCCUUGAAGGGCUGGACCUUGACUUCGAGCACGGCUUCGGGCUCGGCGAAGAAGGCAUGUCCGUCAGUGCCGGGCUCACGUCGCGCGCGAAGCCGAGCAACAUGCGCCUUGGCGAGGUCUCCGCCCUCGACAAACUCAUGGAGGACAUGGCCCAGAACGCGGGGGCGAACGGGAUGAGCGCCGCAGAGCUAAGCGCGCAAGCCGACCUGUCGAUGCUCUCCAACACGGACACCGACGGGCCCUCACAGUUGAACGUCAUGCUGCGCGUCGAAGCCGUCACGGAGGGCGUCAAGGCCGCGACGUUCGCGCUCCCUACCAUCGAGCACGACGAGGGCAUGGGCUUCGACGUCGACAUGGAGGCAUCCAUGUCCGGCAUCGUGGUCCCCGCUUUCGCACCCUCCUCGUCAUCCUCACCCGCUCCGCCCCCACUACCGGCCAAGGACGCCAUCCGCGCGCGGGAGGAGCUCAUCAGAGCGAAGCGGCGCGAGAUGCGCGAGGUGGAGGAGGACGGGUUCGAUCGCUCACCUGCCACACGCAACCUCACUGCGCUCGCUCGCCCUGCGCGGCGGCGCAGCCGGAGCACCGGCGACGCCGACGACCUCCUUGCGCCGCGGGCCCCAUCCACUCAUCACCGAGGCGCUGCCUCGCAGGACGACGGGCUUCUGGAUUUCUCCCCCUCCACCAUCAACCGCGAGCUCAAGAAGCGCGAAGUGCCCAAACGCAGCAGCAAAUACCAUGUUCGGGAGCACACCGAAACCAUAUAUGCUUCUGCGGAUACGGGCAGGUCGUCGACCCCUGGCCUCAGUGACGACACGACGGAGAAAGCAUGGCGUUCGAUCCGACGUCCGUCGGAUAUGAACGAAUUCGCGUCGCAAAUCCGCGCUAUUCGCGAGGCUCAACAAACCGGCAAAGCUCAUGGCAAGGUGUUCGUUCGUGUCAUGGGUCUCCGUGGUCUGAAGGUCCCCGUCCCUAAGGAGCCUACCAAGAUCACUUGUGUCCUCAACAACGGCAUUCAUUUCGUAGCAACCCCGGACUCCCCCUUCGACAGAGAAUGCACCAUCGACCAGGAGUUUGAGCUGAUCGAGCACAGCAAACUGGAGUUCACUCUUACGAUCAAAGUGAAGAAGGAGGCCCACAUUGCGGCGCAGAUCAAAGCCCUCCAACCGCCAGCGGCCUUAGCUCGAGCUCGCCCACCUCCUCAGCCAGUCCCACCCUCGCCGUCGAAAGGCCACACUCACACGAAGAGCGGCGGGAUGCGCAGCUUCCUUGGCCUCGGCUCCCAUAAGAAGAACAAGACGCUGGAGCGAGAAGCCUCCCCUGCCCCGCCUCCUGCUCCCGCACCUGCACCACCACGCCCGAACUUUAAGCCGCCGGAGAAUUUGGCGAGGUACCUGAAGCCCGAUGGAUCGCUGGCGCGGACGCUCGUGGAGUUCAACCAGAUCGCCGCCCACUGCGACACCCGUCUCCUGGAGAUCGCAUAUCCGCUCGUCGGAUGCAAGUACGAUACGCCAGGUCUUCAGGCUCCCCCGCUCCCCGGCAUCCCCGCCGCGCAACUGCCGCAGAGCCUGGAGGAGUGCACGCGUGGGUUGACGCACACGCGCUGGCACAAGUCGUGCUACAUGCAAGGCACCCUGACCCAGAUCGGUGGCGACUGCACGACAUGGAGGAGACGGCACCUGCGGAUCAUCGGCUGCAGCCUCGUCGCCUACAACGACAUCACGCGUCGGGCGAUCGCGAGCAUCGACCUCCGCAAAGCCACCAAAGUGGAGGACGAGAGCGCGCCGGUGCGCAGUCCGGCGUCGGGCCCCGCGUACGACGACGACGACCUGUACGGCGUGGGCAGCGUCGAGCGGGCGUUCCGGCUCGAAUUCGGCUCCGAUGUCAUUAAGUUCUACGCAGACACCGAUCAGGAGAAGGAGGACUGGUGA